UGCCGUCAUCCUCCACCGAGAGCCGGGAAAGGGGCGGGGCAACUGUCGGAAGUGACGCGUAACAGGAGCCCAAUAGCAAGAGGCACGGCCGUGGGGGAAAGCUGAUUGCUUCAUUGUUGCGCUGUCGGAUCCUCACCGAAACUCUCGCUCGGAGACGAUGCCUAAGUCAAGGGAAGUUGUUUCUACAAGCUCGGACAGUGAAUCGGAUAGUGAAGUUGAUCAAAAGGCUAAGAGAAAGAAGGCUGCUGCGCCAGAAAAACCAGUGAAAAAGCAAAAAAGCGGUGAAAGUUCUGGAGGUUCAAAAUGUACUAAAAGCGACAAAGAUGAUAACCUAUUUCAGAUUGGCAAGAUGAGGUAUGUCAGUGUGCGUGAGUUCAAAGGCAAAGCCCUAGUUGAUGUCAGAGAAUAUUGGAUGAACCAGGAUGGCGAAAUGAAGCCUGGAAAGAAAGGAAUCUCUCUAUUACCAGACCAAUGGAAUCAACUGAAGGAAAUGAUUCCUGACAUUGAUGAUGCACUAAAAAAAUUAUAGAGUGGCCAUCUGAAGAUGUACCCUGCUUUUGUCAUUGAAAUUGUCUAUCUUUAACAUUUGUUUUCUAAAAGGAAUUAAGCUUUGUACUGUUCAUGUGACUGUUUUGUUUAUGCAGCACAUAGGCUUUCAUUUUUAAUCUCUAAGGGGUACUCUAGAAAUAUGGUAUGAGAUUUGUUUUUUAGUGUGGGAAAAAUGUUUUUUUGAUGGUUAACAACUGCCAUAUCAUGUCUUUAAACUGUUGCGUAUAUUAUUCCCAGCUAGUACUUUUGAAAACAGCUUCAUGAAUUUGUUGCAUUAUCAAGAUCUUCUGUUAGGGGUCCAAUUGCUGAAAUCUCUGGCUGUAUCAGAUUGACAAUUUUAGCUUUCCCUUGUGGGUAAAUCCAUCCCAAGUGUUGCAAUAAGUUUUCAAGCCAGGAAGUCCUUGGUUUAAUUUGUGAUUGGUGCUGUUAGCUGAGCAGAUCUCACUCCCCACAACAGAAUUCAGUUGCUGGUUUUCCUCUGUACCCUGCUACAGGAAGGGGAGGGGGUGUUUGUCAUUCAGUGUUUCCACUUGGGACCGUCUUUCACAGUCAACUUCUGGGAAAAUGAACCUGUUAAAAUCUAAGGGAAGAAUUAAACAUCUUUUGCUAUCCAUGGUAAGAGCCGUUUAAAUGAUUUCACUAAACAGAUUUGCAUUAGAAGAUUGCCAUUUUGAAUAAGCUAUCAAAAACGUACUUGUCUGAGAUCUGCUCUUGUGUUUUGAAUCCAUUCUAAAGAGUUUUCAAGAAGGGCUGAAAAUGCAUGUUAACAAUGCUCUGGGUUUAAAUUAGUGAGACUUUAGAUUUUUGUUGCUGUAGUUGUACUGUAUUUUAGAACAUCUGUGAGCUUACGAUCCAGAUAUGCAUUUUGUUAGAAUUGAGGAGGGUGGGUAAUGUUUAGCUUCUCCACGUACUCUAACUGUGCUUUUGAGUAUUGUUGGAAUCCAUAGCUGGAAUAAUUUAGCUAUGAAUUUUUCAGGCUUUGUUGGACUUGUGUGAAGUUAUAAUAGCUACAUAAUCGAUUAGACUAUAGGAAACUGGCCCCAUUUAGUUGACUGAAUAGCAGUUGGUUUAAAAAGUGAUCAAAGACUGACGUUUGGUCCACUGUUCAUUUCUAUGGUCUCUGAAACAGCAUAACCAUGUAAGUGUUGGCUAUUUAGGAAUUUUAAUCUGAAAAGUGACUGGCUAGACAUACUACAAGGACUCUUAAUUACAGUACUUUCAUGAGGUACUAGCCUAAGUUAAUAUUUUCAAUAUGCCUUUUGUAUUAUUUCACCAUUUUUGUCCACAUUUCUGAUCUGUAUUGAAAUAUGGUAAAUUAAAUAAAGCUGCAGCAAUUUGAUCAGACUUUGUCUUUAAUGUUAAUUUGCUGAAAUUUUGCUGAACAGUCGUUUCUUAUUUGUACAUCCUGUGGUUGGUUUCAUUGCUGUUAUGACUUAGAAGAUCAGAAUGUUAAUCUUAAUUAAUAGUAUCUCGACACAGACAUUAUUUGGAAAUUAAGCCAAAGGUGAAUUAGUGUAGGUCACUGAAUUGAAUGCCAAUGUGAGAUACUUGCUUUUUUUAGAUUCUUGUAAUUAUAAAAUAAGUGCAACUUUGUCUCACUGAUGCUAUAAUUGGAUGUAUUAAUGCUGCCUCUAUAAAUCACCAAAUUGACUUCUGGUUUCAUUUCUAUCAAAAGUCUAUGAAUCAAAGUUAAAAUGGGAAAACUUUGUUUUCUGACAUAUGAAUACUUGGCUAUUUAAAUGUCAUUUUCAUUUUGUUAUAGCAUUUUUUUAAUGCAGAGCUAAAUGGAAUUUAAAGGAACGAGAUCAUUUUCCAACUCUUUGAAAUUACACAAGUGAUUGGUUAAGGUUGUGUGUUCCUUUCUUGAUCUUCCCAAUAUAAUUGUGUUCAGUAAAAUACCAUGUACCUACCAAGGUGGAGUUAGUCUUCUCAGUGUGCUGGCCCCACCUGUUUAAGUUGCAUUUAUAUUAGUUUUUAUAAAAAAAACCACUGAGUUAUGCUGACUUGAAUUGCACCUGUUACAAUAAAAUUAUUUGUUUGUUUUUGCUUAA